AUAUGAAGAAUAGAACUGAAAUAUCAAUGUUUAGAGUAAGAUUGAUGCAUAUAGACGUGUUCUUGAUAAAGUAAAUAUGAAGAAUAGAACUGAAAUAUUUAUCCCUACAACCUUCGAAAAUGCUCCUUCUCAACGUCCUUCGGCCUCAAAUCAUACCCGCGAUAUUUCUCUGGCCUCUAAUCUGCCUCCGACUACCAAUGGCUCGACAUCGAAUUUGACCUCCAAUCCUAACUCAGCCUCCAGCCUACUGGAUAUUUGGUCUCAGGCUUGUAAUAAUAUUAGUCCACGGACCAGUCCCGUCACCAGGCCUGGUAGUGCAAGAUCUCUUCUCAGCUUUUCUCCAAACCUCCACCUUGCUCCGACUCCAACACCCAACCUAAACCUAGCUCCGAACCUGAGCUUGAAUCUAGGAGGACGGAGUCCUAGUAUGAAGAAGAAGCUAGAUCUCGACUCAGAUCAGGAUUUAGUAUCUACUAGACUGGAGGCAUUGAUGAAUAGUUUGACAUUGAGUGAUAGCAGUCUUGAUAUAACCAUUGGGAACUAUGAGAGUGAAUGAGCUGAUGAUUUUAAGAAUGUUGAUAAGAAAAUAAUAUUGAAAAGAGUUUAGACGAAAUUUCAAGUGACCCUCCAUUGAUAAGAAUCUGAUUGAAAACAGUCCCUAAAGCCUUCAAGGUUUGCCUGGUCAAGAGUGAGAUGGUUUUGUAUUUUUGAAAUAAUAAUUUUUAUGUGUU